GCUUCUCUCUCUAGAUUUUAGUGUUUGAUCCAUUUGCAUGCACUUUAUUCAUGGUGUUCUGUAGUUUUGUAUUGCUAGCUAGCUGGGCAGUUUUUUAUUGAUUUUGAAAUGCUUUAUUUCUUUUUAAUAAUUUGUUUAAAGACUGUUUUAUUUGAUGGGCUAAUUUGACUGAUAUUAGCUAGGCCCUGAUGAUCAGAAUGCUGUGAAAAUGAUUUUGGAGGGUUCAUUUUUGGUUAAAUGGGAAAAAGUUUUGAUCUUUUUGUAUGUUUAUGUGUAUGAUGUCUGAUUUUUCUUGUUUCAGUGAUUUACUGAAGUUUAUAUAUGCUUCUGCAAGUCAUGACACAGCUCAGUUUAGCUAUGGAAAUAAUAUGAGAAUAAGUAUAAGAAAUCAUUACUCCGUAAAUGAUGUCACUUUCAUAAAGAGGAACAAGCCGAGGUUUUGCUGUAGGGAAGCUGAGUAAUUGUGAAAAUCAGUAGCGCUCUUGAUCGUAAAGUGAUAUUGAUGGAUGAGUAUAUUGAUCAUCUUUUCCCUUCCUCGUCAUGGGCAAAUGGAGAUGUGAAGGAAAGAUCGUGUUGGGGCUAUAGUGAAAUUGAUAGUGAGUCAAAUUAUGUUGUUGACAAUUGUUUAAUUUCUGGAGAAGGUCAAAACCGCAAUGAUAAAGUGUCCCCGGUGACAAAUGGCAGCUUAAAAAUGGAAAAUAUGGGCCUGCAGUAUGACAUAGCUCUUCCGGAGCUUGAUGAGAUGGCAUUGUCUUCUUCCUUUAACGAGGCAAAACGCCUUGGACUCAAUGGUAAUGAACGAUUUGAAUACCAGAGGUCCUUCAACGAUAUGCAAAGUCUAUCAUCAAUGCCACAAUCAUGGGCUUCAGCAUCGUAUGAGAGUGUUUGUUCUUUAUCUGCUGGGAUGGGACAAGUCUCAACUCAACAAUUUGACCUUCAAGAAGGAAAUUGCGAUAUGGACUACAUGGGAAAAAGAUACGUAAGCAUGGAUCAAUUUCUGCAACUUGAUAAACUGUCUCAAUCAGUUCCCUUGAAGGAUGAGGAAACUUUGCGUAGUUAUCCGUCGUCUUCUUUCUCAGCUGGCUCCAAUAUGACAAAAUUUGAACUGCAGACUCCUUCAGUUGCUCCAGCUGGCGGCUGCCACGGAACGGGAAAGCCCCGUGUAAGAGCACGACGUGGCCAAGCCACUGAUCCACACAGUAUCGCUGAAAGGCUUCGGAGGGAAAAGAUUGCUGAAAGAAUGAAGAAUCUGCAAGAACUUGUGCCUAAUUCUAGCAAGGUCGACAAAGCGUCUAUGCUGGAUGAGAUCAUAGACUAUGUCAAAUAUCUUCAGCUUCAAGUGAAGGUUCUUAGCAUGAGCAGGGUCGGAGCAGCCGGAGCUGUCAUUCCUAACCUCACAGAUGGUCAACCUGAGGGUUCCAAAAGGCUGUCUUUCUCGCCAUCUGCUAAUCUGGCGACUGACAUUUCUCCGUCUCCAGACCAAAUUGCCCUUGAGCAAGAAGUUUUGAAGCUCAUGGAAUCGGAUAUGACUACAGCCAUACAAUAUCUUCAAGGUAAAGGCAUCUGCCUCAUGCCAACAGCUCUUGCUGCCGCGAUACCCUAUGGAAAGGCAUCAUUAUCAUGUACCACAGGUUCUGAUGAGACAAAGAAAUUUAGCUUCAACAACGAUCUUGUUCACUGUAAUGGUCGCAGCCGCAGCAGCAGCAGCAGUAGCAGCUGCAGCUUUUCUGGCAUUGAAGCCGGUCAAAUGUUAUAUGACCGUGAUAUUAUGACUGAGCAGCUCAGCGGCAAAGGCAGAGUAGGAGCUAAUGCUUGCAGUGGGAUUAUCAAGCUAGAAGAUGUGAAGAAUUAGUUUUGUGGAAAACUGAAACCCGAGAUGACGAUAAGUUAAUUACACCAGUUUCUGAAACUAUGUUGAGGUAGAUAGGCAAUGACUCAUAGAAUUACGUAGAGGCAUUUCUUCUUUGUUGCUCAAGUGUUUCAUUGUCGAAAGUAAAAAUGAGUUUUGCAUUUUUGAAAAUAUAUGCCACCAGACGUACAAAUGCACAUGCAUUUCUUCGUCUCCCAAA